AUGGAUUUGAGCAUGAAAGCUUUACUGUCUCCUCAUGAUACUGAACUCAGGAAAGAUGACAACUUCGGUGAUACUACAUUAUGCUUGAAUGGCAUUGGCUUUGGAGAAACAAAUAAGAUUACAUCUAGAUGUACCGAGAGCAAUCUUGGGGUGAAGUUUUCCAAUGCUUCUGAUGAUGGCUGCAGAUUGGUUCUGGGAUUGGGCCCAACCCCAACUACAUUUGACGAUGACUACAACAAUUUGGGGUUUAAUACCAAAAAAAAGUCAGUCAACCUCUUUCCUCAGCAUGUACCAUCUGAAUGUGAAUCAAUUCUUCAACUUGGUCUUUCAGGUGUAACAAAUGAGGCAUCAAGUGUGCUCGACUGCUCAGGUUCAACUGAGACUGAUGUGAGUAUGUCAUGUUUCUCAAGCCAAACUUCCCUAGAGAAUUAUUUUUCAAGGAUUCCUGUUGUUGAUGAGGGUUCUACCUCAGCUAAGAAAUCAGGUGGCUACAUGCCAUCACUUCUUUUAGCUCCAAGAAUGGAUAAUACUAGUUCCGCGCAGGCAGAAGAAUUAACUACUGGAACUAAACCUCAAAUGUGCCCAGAACCAUCCAGUGUAGUAAAUUACUCCCUUGAUACCGCAUCUGGGCCCCAGGCUACAGGGAUAACUUCAGAUAACCGAACAAGCAAUCCUAAGAGAUGCAGAUUUUUUGGCUGUACAAAGGGAGCUCGAGGUGCUUCGGGACUUUGCAUUGGACAUGGUGGUGGACAGAGAUGUCAGAAACCAGGAUGCAACAAAGGUGCCGAGAGCCGAACUGCUUAUUGUAAGGCCCAUGGUGGAGGGAAGAGGUGUCAACACUUAGGAUGUACUAAAAGUGCUGAGGGAAAGACAGAUUAUUGCAUUGCACAUGGUGGUGGUAGGAGAUGUGGGUAUCAAGGUGGGUGCACAAAAGCUGCGCGAGGUAAGUCGGGACUUUGCAUUAGACAUGGAGGGGGUAAGAGGUGUAGAAUAGAAGGUUGCACUCGGAGUGCUGAAGGGCAGGCUGGGCUGUGCAUCUCUCAUGGAGGUGGACGCCGUUGUCAGUUGCAAGGAUGUACAAAGGGUGCACAAGGGAGCACUAUGUAUUGCAAGGCACAUGGUGGUGGGAAGCGAUGCUCAUUUGCAGGGUGUACCAAAGGUGCUGAAGGAAGCACCCCUCUGUGCAAGGCUCAUGGUGGGGGAAAACGCUGCCUUUUCAAUGGAGGUGGCAUUUGCCCCAAAAGCGUACAUGGAGGCACAAACUUCUGUGUUGCGCAUGGUGGUGGAAAGAGGUGUGCUGUUGCAGGUUGCACCAAGAGUGCACGUGGCCGUACAGACUGUUGUGUUAGGCAUGGUGGGGGUAAGCGAUGCAAGUUUGAAGGAUGUGGGAAGAGUGCUCAAGGGAGCACAGAUUUCUGUAAGGCCCAUGGUGGAGGAAAACGAUGUAGUUGGGGAGAUGGGAAGUGUGAGAAAUUUGCAAGGGGAAAGAGUGGUCUCUGUGCUGCUCAUAGCAGCUUGGUGCAAGAGCGAGAAAUGAACAAAGGCAGUCUGAUUGCUCCUGGACUUUUCCGUGGUCUUGUACCUGCUUCUUCCACUGCGUGUAGCAGUUUUGAGAACAAUUCUUCCUCAGGUGUGAGUGUUGUGUCUGACUCCUAUGAUUCUAUGGAAACACCAGCACCAAGACAGCUCCUCAUACCGAAGGAGGUGUUAGUUCCGCUUUCAAUGAAGUCACCGUCGUAUUCAAACUUCUUGACUGCUAAGAAGCCAGACCAAGACAGAAACUGCCACAGCUUGGCCGCAGGUUGCAGCAGUGCUCAGAAAGGCCUCAACUUUAAUCUGCCGGAGGGCAGGGUCCACGGCGGGGACCUCAUGUUGUAUUUUGGAGGGAAUCUCAAAAAUGCUCUUGACGGCAUCUGA